AUGUACAACAAUCCUACCUGUGUUCAAUCAAAUACCACUGUUACUACUACUUCCGUUCCUGCCACACUCCCGGAUUAUUCCACUUAUGUCCCUUACUUUAUUAAUCUCAUCAAUGAUCCUGCCGUAGUGAAUUCCUAUUACGGUGGUGUACAUACGAGCCGAAGUGCAGCCUACCGAACCUACCGAAGUUACUUGCAACUCGAUACUAGUCCUGUACUCUAUCGACAAGCUAGAACUAUACCAACACGAACUCAACCGCCAAAAAUCUACAAGAUGGUGUAUACCAAACGAAAUCGUGGUUAUGCCAUCGAUCCAUAUUUUUUUAAUGCAAGACAAUAUAGAAGCUAUUCCGGUCCUUGGAAAGAUGCUAGAAAGUGGCCGAUGUAUCGAAAAAAGAAAGAACCUUCUGGUCGAAUAGAAACAUAUCAGGAAUCAGAAUUCAGUGGCAAUCCGAUAGAUCGACAACCUCGUUACUAUCAUGGAUUAUAUAGAGUGCAAUGGAAUAUGCAACCUACAGCACUGAGACGAAUACGACCGUAUUAUGCACCAAGUUAUGCAACCUAUCCACCAAGUAUCAUGAAUGCAGUAAGUAGGAAGGAGAAGUACAAUGAACGAUAUUCCAUUAUGAUGAGAGUUGCUAUUAAGGCGAUCGAAUUGAUGCUUGGAGCUGCCACAGUGGGAUUUAUAAUUGCUCCAGUGCGCGAACUGUCUCUUUACGCAUUUGUGAAAAUGACGCAUACUGAAUGGCAAGGCUUAGUACUUGCUGUUUCCGGAUCAUUCUCAGCACUGUGCCUCAUUAUGUUAUUCGGUUCUUUCUUCGGUAAUCGAUAUAUGUUAUGGCGGAAAUUCGACUAUCUGAUCAGCUUAUUUGGCUCAUUUGGUUAUUUAUUUGUUGGUGUUAUAGAAGCAUAUCAUGCGACAUGUCACCCACCUGACAGUAAAAAAAUAAUUGCAUUAGUUUGUCAUAGACUAGAAUGGAUUAUUGCAACUGCUCUAAUAUUCAUCAAUGUUAUCGUGUAUAUUGUGGACUGUGUGCUGUCAUUUCGAACAGGAAUUAAAAUAAUUGAUAUUGCUGAUGCAACAAGAGCGCUGAAUUUUCAUCCAUCAGUGUUAUUCAAGAUUAUUUUUAAACAGAAGUGA